GCUCUGUCUGUCCACUCCCCAAUUGUUGAGGAAAACGAACCUCCUCCUUAUACUCUUUCAUUUUAUAUUAGUUAUAUACAGUAAAUAUAUAUGUGUGUAGGUGUAUAUAUAGAUAGCAUAUGGUGACGAACAGUUGAUCCCCUAGCCUAGGUAAUACAGUAGAAGUAAGAUAAGAAGAAGCAAAAGUAUAAUAAAUGUAUAAUGAUUAUAAGAGAAAGAGGAGGAGGAUUAGAUUUAGAUUUAGAUUUAGAAUUAGAUGGAAGGUUGUGAUUGUUGUUAGCCUCAUGUUUCUAGUUACUGCCACACUUGUACGGAUUCAGCUUUACAACACCCCUACCAGCCAGCAGCAGCAGCCAGCAGCGAUCGCGUUGUUGUUUCUCGUUCGUCAAGAUCUCCCCCUUGAUUUCCUCUGGCAUUCCUUCCUCCAGAAUGCUGAUGCAGCCCAUUAUACGAUUUAUCUUCAUUCAGAACCUGGCUUUGUCUUUGAUGACACCACUACUAGAUCCACCUUCUUUUAUCAUCGGCAGUUGACCAACUCCAUUAAGGUAGGCUGGGGCGAAUCAAGUAUGAUUGAAGCUGAGCGAUUGCUUCUCCGAGCAGCUCUUCUAAAUCCACUAAACCAGAGGUUUGUUCUAUUAUCAGACAGUUGUGUUCCUCUCUACAACUUUACUUAUAUUUAUAACUAUUUGAUGGGCUCUCCCAGAAGUUUUGUUGACAGUUUUCUUGAUAAGAAAGAAGGUCGCUACAAUCCCAGGAUGUCUUCUCUUAUACCAAUGAGAAAAUGGCGAAAAGGCUCACAGUGGACUGCAUUAGUUCGAAGCCAUGCAAAAGUUGUGGCAUUUGAUGGCGUUGUAUUUCCAGUUUUCAAGAGGUUAUGUAAGAGACGUCCACCAUUAGAUGUCAGUAAAGGAAAGCAGAAUCUUAAACUUCAAAAGCAGCAUAACUGCAUCCCGGAUGAGCAUUAUGUGCAGACUUUACUUGCGAUGAAUGAUCUGGAGGGAGAGCUUGAAAGACGAACGGUGACAUACACUUCAUGGAUCCAGUCAACCACCAACAUGGAAACGAAAAGCUGGCAUCCUUUAACCUAUAACUAUGCAAGUUCCAACCCUCAACAAAUCAAAAGAAUCAAGGAUAUAGAUCAUGUGUAUUAUGAGACUGAACACCGAACAGAGUGGUGCCACAGUAAUGCAGUAUUAGUCCCUUGUUUUUUGUUUGCUCGUAAGUUCUCUAGAGAUGGAGCCAUGCGGCUUUUGAGCCAAGGAGUGUCAGGGAACUUUGACACAUCAGCGUUGCUACAUAAAUCUUCAUGAGUUUGAUUGAUUGUAUGACCUGACAGUUUAUAUUGGUCACUAACAAAUAUUCAGUUGGAUAGGUAGUUCUCAUCAUAUAUAAUUAUAUACACAUACAUACACAGUAACAGCUGAAAAAAAGUUAUAGUUAGAAUGGAUGCAUAGUUCCUUUACCCUUCCGGGUCGGGUUCUCUGGGGCCUCUGGGCUCAUGUGUAUUGGCAAUAGGCCAUGGUACUGUUGAUGUUGUAAAAACUUGUUGCUUUGAAUAACACGUACUUGUCAAGCUGUCAUUAUGAA